UUUUGCGACACCGGCAAAGCCCUACAAAUUCGGCCCUUCGAUCCGAUGUGAUAAACCCGUGCGCUGCUAAAACGGCUUGACAGCGCGUAGGUUGCUUAUGUUUAGCAACUCGGACCCGUUGCUUGUUUUGGUGAUUGGAAAACAAAACUCUGCCCUUGUUUCACUGUUGUAAACUUUACCGUAAAGAUGAGCAAACCGGUGAUGUGGCAGCGCAAUGAGAUACUGGAGCUGCUGUCCAUCGUACGGACCGGCGGAAUCGGAUUCCUGAACGGUGCACGCAGCAACCAGAACGGCGAACUGUUCCAGUAUAUCAUGCAACGAAUGAAGGCCAACGGAAAAUUCAUUCACCGCGAUGCGGCGCAGAUCGAGACCAAGUGGAAAGUGCUGACGGGCGUUUACGAUCGCAUCAAAAGCGACGAACGGAAGCCGGCUUCACAAUUUGAGUUUUACGCCGAGAUGGACGAAAUCUUCGAACUGGCUGCGAAGCGCAACAAGACGGCUGAUACGGCGACCGGAGUCCAGCUCCAGGGUGUGGAAUCGCUCGCCCCCAUCGAAUACUACUCGGUCAGCAACGAGGGGUUUUUAACCGAGGACACCGAGGACCAAGUGAUUGAGGAAGUCGUAUUCGAUUCCCAGGACGGCAUGGAAUUCGCAGAACUGGCCGCCCAACCGGCUCGUACGAGGCGCAAAAAGUUGACGGCAGAAAAUAUGCAAGCGCUCCUGGACAAGAUAGCGGAGAUGCAGCGAAAGCAUCACGACGAAUUCAACCGAAAGCAAAUGGAGGUAAUCGAAACAGAGUUCGAGGCGUUCCGGACGAAGGAAAGGGAUCACAUGCUACAGCUGAAAAUGGACAUGGAACUGCUCAAAAAGCGGUACCUCGAACGGAUUGUGAAGGUGGCCCGCGGAGAAGCAUCUGCUGCCGACGUCCUGGACGAGGUGAAACCGGUGACGGCCCAGCCGGCUAAGCGGCGGAGGACGACUUUCACGAAGCGUAGGUAACCGUGGGGCGCGGGUCAAGUAAAAUUCAUAGUUUUCGUAAGUUGGAUAAAGGAUAAUGUGAUGCGUAAUAGGAUAAUAAUGAGAGUGCACAGAUGGAUGAUUGCUUUGA